AUGAAGAUCAUUCAGCUUCAGCUCUUGGUAUUAAUCUGUUGUCAGUAUGGAGUGUCAGAUCUACUAACUGAUCUGGGAUCAAAUGUGAUCAUAAACUGUGAUCUUGAUGAAAAUGAGGUUUAUUGGAUUUUACUGAAAACAUCAGAUCCUCCGACAGUGAUUCUACGAACAUUUCCAACACCAAUAUCACCUCAUUACUAUAAUAAAACUUUCAGAAACAAAUAUUCAGUGCAGUUUAAACAUCAUCUGGUUAUUAAUAAUGUGACUGCUGAUGAAUUAGGAGUUUAUUACUGUAUGAACACACGCACACCUCCAAAACUCAGCAACAGCACCAGACUGCACUUCACUGAACCAGCUCAACUAACUGUGUUAACUGAGUGUCACAAUCAUACAGUGACUGAGUAUACCGAGCAGAUUCAGACACAAUGGAAGAUUAUUAUCAUCAUAUUUGGACUGAUGAAUGGGCUUCUGGUUAUUGUGGUGAUCGGACUAGUAAAGGUUUUUGUUGUUGGAAACAGAAGGUCUGAAGAACAAUCAGAGCAACUCAACACUGAUCUACAGCAGACGCAAGUUAUAGAACAGCAUCAGGAGCAAUUACAUUAUGCCACGGUGGACUUUUCCAAACUGCGUAGAAAUAUUCGGUCCAGCCAAAUCAACAGCACCUAUGCUGCUCUAAACCUGCCGAAGUCAUGA